GUUUGUUUUUGGGUAGUCAACCAACAAAAUGUUCUUCAAAUCAUUCCUGCUUUUUACUUCCUUAAUCUGGUGCAUUCACUGCCAGAAUGACAUACCAGUGCAACUUCUCGAAGCGAAAAACAUUGUCAUCCAUGACUAUCACGGCAACAUGGACGCCAAGACAUUAGAGCUUCUUGAAAACGUUGAAACUCUUACCUUGGAUGGAUGCAAUUUCACAAGUUUCAACAAAAACUUUUUACAUCCUUUGAAGAACCUUCAAAAAUUCGUUUUCUCAAACAGUCAAUUCAACAAAGUUCAAAGUGACAUCUCAACCUGUUGUUCGAAACUCCGAACAGUUGAGGUGAUCAACACCAAAUUCGGGCCCAUUAACCAGGACGAUCUGAAGAGGUUGGCUCAAAGGAAGGCAAUGGAAAGGUUCCAUUUACACAAGAUGAACAUUCCCAAUAUUCCAGCUAACUGCUUAGUGGGAUCGAAUCUAAAAAGUUUCGAGGUUGAGUACAGUAACCUAGCUAUAAUCGAAGAUGGUGCUUUCAAUGGAAUGGAAAAACUGGAAAUAUUGAAUUUGAGGAACAACAAGCUCACGACAAUUCCAACUGGUAGCCUGGCAUCAUUGAAGACUUUGAAGGAAUUGCAUUUGGGAAGUAACCUAAUACAAAAAGUGGAAACGAAAGACAUACCCUCUUUGCCCAAUUUGGAGAAACUGAAUUUGGGAUUCAACCCUAUCCAAGGCCUCAAUUUGAGGGGUCUCAAGAAGAAGUUACCCAAACUGAAGGAGGUCGAUGUUAGUGGUAUGCGAGUCGAUCUUUUGGCAAAUUUAGGUGUUCCACUUGUUAUGACUCCUAUAAUCAUUCUUUGUUUUUUGGGAGUCUUCACAACCAACAAAAUGAUCUUCAAAACUUUCUUGCUUUUCACUUCCUUAAUCUGGUGCAUUCAAUGCCAGAAUGACAUACCAGUGCAGCUUCUCGAAGCAAAAGACAUUGUCAUCCAUGACUAUCACGGCAACAUGGACGCUACGACCUUGGAGCUCCUUGAAAAUGUUGAAACUCUUACCUUGGAUGGAUGCAAUUUCACAAGUUUUAACGAAAACUUUUUACACCCUUUGAAGAACCUUCAAAAAUUAGUUUUGUCAAACAGUCACUUCAACAAAGUUCAAAGCGACAUCGCAAACUGUUGUUCAAAACUCCGAACAGUUGAGGUGAUCAACACCAAAUUUGAACCCAUUAACCAGGAUGAUCUGAAGAAGUUGGCUCAAAUGAAGGCAAUGGAAAGGUUCCAUUUACACAAGAUCAACAUUCCCAAUAUUCCAGCUAACUGCUUAGUGGGAUCAAAUCUGAAAAGUUUCGAGGUUGAGUACAGUAACCUAGCUAGUAUUGAAGACGGUGCUUUCAACGGAAUGGAAAAACUGGAAAUAUUGAUUUUGAGGAACAACAAGCUCAAGACCAUUCCAACCAUAAGUCUGGCAUCGUUGAAGAGUUUGAAGGAAUUGCAUUUGGGAAAUAACAAAAUAGAAAAAGUGGAAACGAAAGACAUACCCUCUUUGCCCAACUUGGAGAAACUGAACUUGGGAUUCAACCCUAUCGAAGGCCUCAAUUUGAGGGGUCUCAAGAAGAAGUUACCCAAACUGAAGGAGGUCGAUGUUAGUGGUAUGCGAGUCGAUCUUUUGGCAAAUUUAGGUGUUCCACUUGUUAUGACUCCUAUAAUCAUUCGUCAUUCGAAUUUUGGUUUUGGGCAGUUGGAAAUAACCAACAAAAUGAUCUUCAAAACUUUCCUGCUUUUUACUACCUUAAUCUGGUGUGUUCACUCCCAGAAUGGCAUACCAGUGCAGUUGCUCGAAGCAAAAGACAUCGUCAUACAAGAUUAUCACGGAACCAUGAACGCCAAGACCUUGGAGCUCCUCGAAAAUGUUGAAACCCUUACCUUGGAUGGAUGUAAUUUCUCAAGUUUCAACGAAAACUUUUUACACCCUUUGAAGAACCUUCAAACAAUAGUUUUGUCAAACAGUCACUUCAACAAAGUUCAAAGCGACAUCUCAACUUGUUGUUCGAAACUCCGAACAGUUGAGGUGAUCAACACCAAAUUCGGACCCAUUAGCCAGGAUGAUCUGAAGAAGUUGGCUCAAAUGAAGGCAAUGGAAAGGUUCUAUCUACACAAGAUCAACAUUCCUGUUAUUCAAGCUAACUGCUUAGUGGGGUCAAAUCUAAAAAAUUUUGAGGUUGAGUACAGUAACCUAGCUAAUAUUGAAGAUGGUGCUUUCAAUGGAAUGGAAAAACUGGAAAUAUUGAUUUUGAGGAACAACAAGCUCAAGACCAUUCCAACCGGUAGCCUGGCAUCAUUGAAGACUUUGAAGGAAUUGCAUUUGGGAAGUAACCUGAUAGAAAAAGUGGAAACUAAAGACAUACCCUCUUUGCCCAACUUGGAGAGAGUAAACUUAGGACAUAACCCCAUAAAAGAGAUCAAUUUGACCGGACUCAAGGAGAAAUUACCCAAACUGAAGGAAGUCGAUGUGUCUGGUAUCAACAUCGACGUUUCUAAAAACCAAGGAGUGCCCCUAAUUAAGGUUGCCUUAGAUUAGGUUGUUUAUUCCAGCAUCAUUCAAAUUAAAUAUUUGAUUUUUU